GAGCCGAAUAAAAAAGAGUUAACGAAAAUUCAUCAUUUUGGCUAGUUGCCUCUUCAAAAUUUCUUUCUAAAUACAUUUUCAAAAUCAAAAGGACUAAUUUGUCGGCAUCAGAAUGUUCUGACCUUUGAAUGGAUUUCUCAAUUCAACAUAGAGCGAUGUCCUCUUCCCCGAUAAUUUAGGAGUCAUUUUCUAUUUCGAUAGGGUUUUUUUUUUAAUUUCAACUUUGAUAGUUACCUAACAACAAAAAACUAAAAAAAAAUUAAAAUCACCCAUUGAAAAAUCCUCUUUCUCCUCUAUAAUUUAGGAGUCAUUUUCUAUUUAUUUAGUUUCGAAAAAUCACCCAUUGAAUGCCCCUAAUGCGGAAGAACGAACCCUCUUUCUCCUCGAUCUCUCUCUACUCUGCUCUGAUUUCAGUCGCUCCUGAAUCCUGAGCGCUUUGAAAACCCAAAAUUCCAUCUUGGUUCUGAUCAGUCAUGGCCUCCGAUGCUGAUAUGGAGGAUUACGGAUUCGAGUAUUCGGAUGAGGAGCCUGAGGAACAAGAUGUCGACAUUGAGAACCAAUAUUACAACUCUAAAGGUUUGGUUGAGACAGACCCAGAAGGAGCACUAGUUCGCAUGGAGCCUGAGAAGGCCGAGUGGGGAUUUAAAGCUUUGAAGCAAACCGUGAAGCUCUAUUAUCGUCUGGGGAGGUAUAAAGAAAUGAUGGAUGCAUACAGGGUGAUGUUGACUUACAUCAAAUCAGCAGUAACAAGAAAUUACAGUGAAAAGUGUAUAAACAAUAUUAUGGAUUUUGUUUCUGGUUCAGCUAGUCAGAACUUUAGUCUACUGCAAGAGUUCUAUCAGACCACUCUAAAGGCCCUUGAAGAGGCAAAGAAUGAGAGACUCUGGUUUAAGACUAAUCUUAAGCUUUGCAAAAUUUGGUUUGAUAUGGGCGAAUAUGGGCGAAUGAGCAAGAUUUUGAAGGAACUCCAUAAAUCUUGUCAAAAAGAAGAUGGUACCGAUGACCAAAAGAAGGGAAGUCAACUUCUAGAGGUUUAUGCUAUUGAAAUUCAAAUGUACACCGAGACUAAAAAUAACAAAAAAGCUCAAGAUUGAAUGCAGCAAUUAUACCGAAAAGCUCUUGCAAUCAAGUCAGCCAUACCUCAUCCUAGGAUCAUGGGAAUAAUUCGAGAGUGUGGGGGUAAGAUGCAUAUGGCAGAGCGUCAGUGGGCAGAUGCAGCCACAGAUUUUUUUGAAGCCUUUAAGAACUAUGAUGAAGCUGGGAACCAGAGGCGUAUACAAUGCUUAAAGUACUUGGUUCUGGCAAAUAUGCUGAUGGAGUCGGAAGUUAAUCCAUUUGAUGGUCAAGAAGCAAAGCCGUAUAAAAAUGAUCCCGAGAUCUUGGCAAUGACAAAUCUGAUUGCAGCAUAUCAACGGAAUGAGAUAUUGGAGUUUGAGAAGAUUCUUAAGAGUAAUAGGAGGACAAUUAUGGAUGAUCCAUUCAUUCGAAACUAUAUUGAAGAUCUGCUGAAGAAUGUUAGGACACAAGUGCUGCUCAAACUAAUGAAGCCGUACACGAGAAUUCUUCCCUUCAUAUCAAAGGAACUUAAUGUGCCGGAGAAAGAUGUGGAGCAACUCUUGGUUUCACUUAUAUUGGAUAACAGAAUUGAUGGACAUAUUGAUCAGGUGAAUCGGCUCUUAGAGCGUGGCGACAAGUCAAAGGGAAUGAAGAAGUAUGCUGCUGUAGAUAAAUGGAACACUCAGCUAAGGUCUCUUUACCAGACUAUCAGUAACCGAGUAUAUUGAGAGUCGCAUAUAUCGCUUAUGAUCUCUGGACUGUGCCUUAUGUAAUGGCUGAGUUGAGGUCCAACUUUUACCCCUUUUGGAGGACAAAAUGCUGGAUGAGCUAUGAAUAGACGUGAUUUUUGAGCUUGAUAGUUUCAUGUAUAAGCUGAUUUAUUGAGUAGUAUAUUCUCAAGUAUUUUGGAGUAAGUAGAACCAUUUUUUGACAUUCAAUUGUGUCACAUUGUUGGUAGGCAGUGCUUAGGAGGGUUGUUUAAUGGUGCUGCUGCGUCGUCACUUUGAAAUCAGCUAUGGGUUCUCUUUGGAGAAAAUUAUUCCACACUACGAAGCAUUGGAUGGUCUAGAUUGGUUUGGAUUAUGGGUCCAAUUGUGGUCCUCUGAAUCCAGCCAUCUAAUGCUCGUAGCAUUUAAUGUUACGGGGUGGAACCACACUUUUUGGUA